UAAAAUCAGCGCACCACCCUUCCAAAAGCUGGCCUCCUUCGUGUACAUCGGCUACGUCUCUCGUCUCUUCCGCAGAAACCCUCCACCGCAACAAGACGACUCCUCCUCCUCCUUCCUCGUCGUACACAAUCUCGCGUCGUUUGCCAAAAACGAGGAUCGAUUUGAACACCCAACAGCACACACAGAAGAGAGAGAGAGGGAGGGAGGGAGGGACGGAGGGAGGGAGGAUGAAGUUCUGCAAGAAGUACCAGGAGUACAUGCAGGGACAAGAAGGGAAGAAGCUCCCUGGUGUUGGGUUCAAGAAGCUCAAGAAGAUCUUGAAGCGGUGCAGGAGGAGGGACUCGCUCCAUUCCCAGAAGGCCCUUCAAGCCGUCGAUGAUCCCCACACUUGCCCUGCUCACUGCUCUGUGUGUGAUGGAAGUUUCUUCCCUUCCCUUCUCGAGGAGAUGUCUGCUGUUUUAGGUUGUUUCAACAAGCAGGCGCAGAAGUUGCUUGAGCUUCACCUGGCUUCGGGAUUUCAGAAGUAUUUGAUAUGGUUCAAAGGCAAGCUUCGAGGAAACCAUGUCGCUUUAAUUCAAGAAGGAAAAGAUCUGGUCACUUAUGCGCUGAUAAAUGCAAUAGCCAUCAGGAAGAUAUUGAAGAAGUAUGACAAGAUUCAUCUCUCUACUCAAGGACAAGCUUUCAAGUCACAAGCACAAAGGAUGCACAUGGAGAUCCUCCAGUCUCCGUGGUUGUGCGAGCUUAUUGCUUUCCACAUUAAUAUAAGGGAGACAAAGGCCAACUCUGGGAAGGGCCCUGCCCUUUUUGAGGGUUGCUCUCUAGUAAUCAAUGACGACAAACCAUCGCUCUCUUGUGAACUCUUCGACUCUAUCAAGCUAGAUAUCGACUUGACCUGCUCUAUAUGCUUGGACACGGUGUUUGAUCCAGUUUCUCUCGCUUGUGGCCACAUAUACUGCUAUAUGUGUGCUUGCUCAGCUGCAUCCGUUACGAUUGUUGACGGACUGAAAGCAGCAGAACCCAAGGAAAAAUGUCCUUUAUGUCGAGAGGCCGGAGUUUUUGAAGGCGCUGUACAUUUGGAUGAGCUCAAUAUAUUGCUCAGCAGAAGUUGUCCGGAGUAUUGGACGCAGAGGCUUCAAACAGAGCGAGUCGAAAGGAUCCGGCAGGCGAAGGAGCACUGGGAAUCGCAGUGCCGAGCGUUCAUGGGCGUGUAAUAAGACGGUUUCCAUUUAACGCGAUCGAUUCCUCUGUUGCGUAUUGGCAAUGCAAUUAUGUUUGUAGUCAUGCGAUUAAGCUGCACUGCUGAAACUUUCUCACCUUGAACGCCAAGAUUAUGAAAUUUUGCGUUCUUGGGCUUGUUCUUCUGUUACUUAUGAACACAUAAACAUGUACAUUUGAAUCUGAGUGUCUUCCAUGAUUGGUCAUGGAA